GCGGGGGCUGAGGCGAGCGGAGGAGGAGGAGAGGCGGCGAUCACGGGCGCGGGAGAUGCGCUUGAGGGGGCCCCGCCGCUAACGGCCGAAACGCGUGCGCGGAGCCUCGGGAUGGCAGCGGCCGGGGAGGCUCCGGCCCAGAGGAGCAGAGGCGGCGGCGGCGGCGGCAGCUGAGGAGCUGAGGAGCGCGGCGGCAGGGCCUCAACGGCGGUCGAGGGCGAACCUCCCUCCUCCCGUCGGCGACGACCUCGGGGGCCGCCGGGGCGGAGAUGCGGCCCUGAAGAAGGGGCGGCGGCGGCGGCCGAGGCGGGUGCGCCUAGUCGGGGUGAGGGAGCCUCCCCGCCGUCCCGCUCGUCCCGGUCCUCUCAGGCGGUCCCUCGUGGGAGCCGGCGGGCCCAGCCAAGGCGAUGUCGGCGGCGUCGGGCGCCAUCUCGGCCUCGGAGAAAGUGGACGGCUUCACCCGGAAAUCGGUGCGCAAGGCGCAGAGGCAGAAGCGCUCGCAGGGCUCGUCGCAGUUCCGCAGCCAGAGCAGCCCGGCGGAGUUGCACCCCCUUCCCCAGCUCAAAGAUGCCACUUCAAAUGAGCAGCAAGAACUUUUCUGUCAGAAGUUGCAGCAGUGUUGUGUACUAUUUGAUUUCAUGGACUCUGUUUCAGACUUGAAGAGCAAAGAAAUUAAAAGAGCAACACUGAAUGAAUUGGUUGAAUAUGUUUCAACAAAUCGUGGUGUGAUUGUAGAAUCUGCUUAUUCUGAUAUAGUGAAAAUGAUAAGCUCCAAUAUUUUUAGGACACUUCCACCAAGUGAUAACCCAGACUUUGAUCCAGAAGAGGAUGAACCAACACUUGAGGCCUCAUGGCCCCACAUACAGUUGGUGUAUGAAUUCUUCUUGAGGUUUCUGGAAAGCCCUGAUUUCCAGCCAAGUAUUGCAAAGCGUUUCAUUGACCAGAAAUUUGUACAGCAGCUCUUGGAGCUUUUUGAUAGUGAAGAUCCCAGAGAACGUGACUUCCUGAAGACGGUUCUUCAUCGAAUUUAUGGAAAAUUCCUUGGAUUAAGAGCAUUCAUCAGAAAACAGAUUAACAACAUUUUCCUCAGGUUUAUAUAUGAAACAGAACAUUUUAAUGGUGUUGCUGAACUCCUUGAGAUAUUAGGAAGUAUCAUCAAUGGUUUUGCGCUCCCCUUGAAAGCAGAACACAAGCAAUUCUUAAUGAAGGUUCUGAUUCCUAUGCACACGGCUAAAGGAUUAGCUUUGUUUCAUGCUCAGUUGGCCUAUUGUGUUGUACAGUUCCUGGAAAAAGACACAACAUUAACAGAACCAGUGAUCAGAGGAUUGCUCAAAUUUUGGCCCAAAACUUGCAGUCAGAAAGAGGUGAUGUUUUUAGGAGAAAUCGAAGAAAUCUUAGAUGUUAUAGAACCAACCCAGUUCAAAAAAAUUGAAGAACCUCUCUUCAAACAGAUAUCCAAGUGUGUAUCAAGUUCUCAUUUUCAGGUUGCAGAAAGGGCAUUGUAUUUCUGGAAUAAUGAGUAUAUACUUAGCCUGAUUGAGGAGAAUAUUGACAAAAUCUUGCCAAUUAUGUUUGGCAGCUUGUACAAAAUCUCCAAAGAACACUGGAAUCCGACCAUCGUAGCAUUAGUAUAUAAUGUACUGAAAACGCUAAUGGAAAUGAACGGCAAGCUCUUUGAUGACCUUACAAGCUCAUAUAAAGCGGAAAGACAGAGAGAGAAAAAGAAGGAACUGGAACGCGAAGAAUUGUGGAAAAAACUAGAAGAUCUGAAGCUUAAAAAAGCACUGGCUGAGAAGCAGAAUAGUGCUCACAAUGUGCUCAAUGCACAUAACACAACAAGUGCCAAAUAAAAAGAUGAUGACCUCUGCUUGAUAGACACACUUUUGUACACUUUUUUGAAAUAUAUAAAAAUUGCAAAACCGAAACCUCAUCAGUAUGGUAGAAUUUAAAAGGCCAAUUAUUUUCUCUGGCAACUGUAAAUGAAAAGACUUGGACUAAAAAAAUAGCCUAAUUUUACAUCAUGGCCACAGUAUAUUGUAACCUUGUCUAAUCAUUGAUUUAUUGUGUCAGUUCAGAAGUUUCAAAGAAGUGAAUGAAUUUUAUCAUCCAUGAUAUGAGUGAGAUAAUUAUGGGAGUGGUGAGAAUUAUGACUUGAAUUCUUUUUUUUUUUUGAUUGUGUUGCACAUAGAUGUAGUACUCUGCUAUGUACAUUUUUCCCUUUUGUUAUGUGCUUUUCACAUGGCUGCAGACUUUGGCUGAGUUCUAGAAAAGCCUUCUAGCUCUGCUGCAUUUCCUCAGAACUAAGGUACAGUCCUUCCCUUCUUCUUCCACUCAAUAACAUGACCUGCUCUUGAAGAUUUUCAAGUUUUAAGAAACUUAAAUUUCCCUUUAAAAAACAAACUAGGAAAGAAGUAAAAGCUAGGAAAAUAAACCAAAUCUCUUCAGUCGACUCAGAGCAAGGAGUCAAUUGAAGAACCUCUUCCUUCUUGCGCCACUCCCUCCAGUGACAUUCAGAUGAGCCGAGGGCAUUGUUAGAAAAUAGUGCAAAGCACUGUGCCCUAACCUCUCAUGCCUUUCUCCUUUUUCCCGUCACAGGGGUCUGCGAGCUCGUUCCCUUCCUCUGUCACCCCCAGGGAUGGAAACCCGGGUAUCUUAGUUCGGUGAUGCAGAGCGGUAACGGUGGCCUGGCUUUAUUUAAUGGAAAUGCAGUAUGCUUUCUAAAUAGGAGACUGAAAAAGUUGACUAUAGAGGUCUUUUAUGUUUUUACUUGAUCCAAUAUUUCUUCCAUCUUUGUUAUCAGAGUACCAUUCCAAUCUCUUAAUUUGCAGUUGUGUGGAAAACUGUUUUGUAACGAAAGACCUUCACCCGGGGGGGAUUGAGCAGCAUUUAAUAAAGUCUAUGUUUUUA